GGAUGGAUCGUCAUGCAGCAAAGAGUCGAUGGCUCACAGAGUUUUUCUCAAAAUUGGGCAACUUACAAGGCGGGUUUUGGAGCAUACAAUGCAAAUUUCUGGUUGGGUUUGGAAAAAAUCUAUCAACUGACUAACUCAGCCAACUAUAGGUUGAGAUUCGAAGUUCUAUUUAAUGGAUAUUGGAUAUCUGAUGAAUAUGACAGCUUUAGGAUCGACUCGGAAGCCCUAAAAUACGCAAUCCACGUAUCCGGCUACAGCGGUGACAACACGGAUAUUUUGAACAUGUUACGUGAUUCAGGAAUCCAUUCUCAAAACGGGAUGAAAUUCUCAACUCCGGAUCAAGACAACACCCCUUUCUUUUUCGGAUGUGCUAACAUUGGUUUCUACAAUUCUGGAAACUGGUUCAGAACUUGCUACGCUCAAAACGUGAAUGGUGUCUAC